UCUCACCGUGUAAACACUGAAAUGCACGUUACAUGUAUGUGAAUACUGUCAAUAUAAUUUUAUCUAUAGAUUUACCUUCGCCGAUCGUAUUAUCUUUUUGGCGUGUUACAGCAGGAAGAAAGUAAUGGAGAAUUUAUGGUGGAUUUUUGUUUUUGUUUGCGUUGUUGUUAUAAUUGCUGCUGUUUUUCAGUCCAUGGAUCAGUUUUUAGCAAAAAUUCCAUCUAAUAAACAACAUGAAAAGGUUAAGAAAAAGAAUGUGAAACAAUCAACAGAAACAGAUGAAGGUUCAACAUUGACAACGCGUGAAAAAUCGUUAGAUGCAAGUUCGGUCAAGAAACGGAGACAAGUCGGGACGUCUUUCAGGGAAACGUUGCAGUUGGCACACGAAAUGAAUGUAUCACUAUCAAGCGAAUGUUUAUCUGAAUCUGAAGAUGAAACGAUAGAAAACUGCAAAGACGAAAUGUAUGAAGUUCCAGGCCGUUUUGAAAAUGAAUCAUUGUCAGUUCUUAAAUAUGACAAAUGCCGGUCAUUUAUUGACAAAGACGAUCUGAAGAAAGAGAUGGAAAAAGCGGGAGUCUUGCAUGGUCUAAACAAUUACAUCAAGAAUUCUUUUGAAAAAUGGGCUGACAUGGAAUUAAAUGUUGCUGUCACAGGCAAUUCUGGUGUUGGAAAAUCCAGUCUCAUCAAUGCUCUUAGAAAGUUAAAACCUUCGGACGAUGGGGCGGCUGCUGUUGGUGUUUUUGAAUCAACAACAAAAGGUAUAAAAUACAUCUAUCCUGAAAAUCCAAGGGUAGCUCUCUGGGAACUACCUGGCAUGGAAACACAAAGCCUCACAAAAGAGAAAUAUUUCAAUGACAUGAAUUUUCCUAGAUUUGACGUGGUUAUAAUUGUUACAGCUGGGCGAUUCCAAGAAAAUGAUAUAUGGUUGGGAAAAGAGUUGCGUACCAUACGCAAAAAUAUUAUUUUUGUUCGAACAAAAAUUGACAUUGACAUUGCGAACAUUAAACGGGCGUAUCCAGACAUAUUCAAUGAAACUGAAUGCCUGGAUAAAAUAAGAAAUAAUUUAUCAGAAAACAUUCGCCUUGGGGGAAUACCAGAUUUUGUUAGUAAUGUGUUUUUGGUCAGCUCUCCCGAAAGAGAAGUGUACGAUUUUAGUAAUUUCGAUCAGGAACUUAAAUAUUUAUUGAGCAUCAAUGCAAGCGUCAUCAAAGCUUUACUACAUGAACAAGUUCAAAGACAAAUAAAGAAAGACCAAGAAUCGUGCAAGUAUAGAUUCAAAGGUCUCAGUGGUUUCCUUUACGGUUGGACUUUGACAUUUAACUUUGACUCUCAAUUACUUGAUGCAUACCGGAAAAAGUUUUGCAUCGAUGAAAGUUCCCUUGAGCUGAUAGCAAAUGAAUUGAAAGCAACAAAAAGCGAAUUAAAGAGGUAUUUGAAAUCUUACCAGAAAAAUCAUUUAAACGUUGGGAUUAUCGACAAAGGCAAAUGUUUGAAAAUGUGUGCUGAAAUGGCAAAAGACGAAAGGUGUUUAGCAAAUCUUCGUCUUAGCCUUCUUGCAAAACAACUGAAACCGAUUAAGUAGAUAAAUAUGGCUCUGAUAAAUUAAGUGAUAGACUUCAUUAUGGACAAUACACCACAACUGGAGUUAGUAUAUUUUGUCUGAAGUUCCAAGCUUCACAAAUAAUAAAUAAUAAAAUUGCGAAUUACAUGUCUAGGCUAGCAUAACUUCGAAUUCAAUAUUUCUAUGGCGGCAUAAUAACAGUAUCCAAGAACAUUGCAAAGCAAACUAUUAGGGCCACGGCAAGAUGUGUUAUCCAAGUAUUUUAAUUUCUUCAAGAUAUAACAACGGUGAUGCGAUCAGAUGUAGCAGAAACGAAGUAUACAAUUGACUUUUUUUCUCAUUUGUAAGUCGUUUUUAUCAUAAAAUGAGAGACAUUCAGACUAUCAGUGGUAUUGUUCUAAUCUAGGAAUUAGUCCAGAUUUGAGAGGGAACUGAGCUACAAUUGACUAAUUUAUACAAAGGCAUUCUGGACCUUUUCAAUAAAAAACAACAACAAAAAGGUGCCAAUCAAGAAGGUCUAUUGUAUACGCAGUAGAAAUGCAGAUAUGUGUCGUUUACAUCUUAAUUCUAAAAUUUAAGAAAUCGAAAAAAUAUUUCCAAAAGUAAAGAAAAUUUUUUUCAGUAGUUGAUCUGAAAAUAUUAUCAUAUGAAACAUUUUAGUAUGUAGUAAUUAUCUUAUUUUCGUUAAAAAGUGCUAUGACAUAAGAUCGUGUUGAAGAGACAUAGACCGAUUUUGACAAUGAAUUUAGAAGUGGUGUUCCGUAUUAUGCAGAUAAUAUAGUUUUAAAGUGUUAAAAUGUUGUACAUAGAUAAAUGCUUGAUAUCAUUUAAUACAUAAUAAUAAUUAAAUUAAAAACUAUUGAUAAGCUACGUAUUUGAGUGAAAACGCAAUGAAAUUGUCCCAUGAUAUACACUAUGUAUUUUUUCAAAUAUGACUGUAUUGUGAACUAUCACAAGCAUUUGUAAUGUUUAAAUAUUGAACAUAAUAAGCCAAUUUUAAUGAAUACAGGUGCAAUAAUUUAACUUUUGUAGUUUGGAAUGGAUAAACAUGGAAUGCGCUUCAUUUUUGUCCUUGUGUAAUUGCUCCUCCACGAAUCUCGUGAAAUAUUUCUUUAAUCGAAAUUCUUUUAUUUUAUAUUCAAUACAAUCUAACGGUAACUGACACAUACAAUAUUUAAUGUAAAUUUAUCUUCCACUGUCUGUUAUGAAAAUAUCUCAUUGUACUGAAGUACGCAGAAGCGAAAUUUUGUGAUGUCAGUGUAUCCGUCGUUCAUCGUCAUCAAAGAUUUCUUUAAGCAACUUCUUCCUAACCAUUUGAUAGAUUUGGACUCAAUUUUACAAUAAUGAUUUGUAGGCGGCCCUCUGCGAAUAUUGUAAAUUGUUUUACUCUGAUGCAUAAUUAGGUCACAGGAGCUAACAAAUACACUUUAAAAAUGAAAUCUUUCAAACUCUUCUUUAAGAAUCUACAUUGCAAAAAGAUAUGAGGCAUUGAACAUAACCUUGUGGUCUUCUAAAUCAUUACCCUUGGUCAAAAUUGGUCGCUUUAAAAAACUUCAUUUAUGUCUUCUUUUGUAGAACUAUUCUGCAAAUAGUCCUGGGCUAAAAAAAAUGGCUUAACCCUGGGUGUAACUUAGUUAAGAUGUGUGAGUAUAGUAAAUUGUCUUUAAAUCUUUUUCUCUGAAAGAACAAUUCCAAGAAAUUGGAUAUUAUGGAUUGAGAAAUUUGACCCCGCUCCGUGGGACAAUUAUUUCAUAUAUAGAUUUAUAUAGGCAAAUAGAUUAAACUACAAUAUCUAGAGCUUAGAUAAUUGGCUUGUUCGAGAGGUGCCCAACUUAUUUUUGAACAAAAGAAAUCCGUGCUUAGUAAGACACAUGCACGAUUUUAUAGUGGCUGUUGUGUAUUAUCGGUUUUGUUACAACCUAUGUAUACAUUUACAUGUACCUUAGCUCGAUUGGAAAACAUGGUACGUACUAAACCGCAGCUACAGAAGUAUUCAUAAGGAGCUUAAAACUAUGGGUUAUAGCAUUUCUUUGGGCUCCAUCAGGAAUAUUCGCUACCAAAUAGGGUUACAACGCAGUGUCACUUCUCCGAAUGUUACAGGGGGACAUUUACAAAACGGCCCACGGCGGCUACACCUGACGUCAUUAGGAAGGUUGGCCGUUUCAUCGCCAAAGUGAAUCCGCCUACUCAAAGAGAAAUGGCUUCAAGAUUGGGUGUGUCAAAGGGAACUAUCUAUAACAUUAUCAACAAAAUUCUGAACGCAAAAUUACGAAAGAAGUGCAAAGUUCAUCAACUAAACAUGGCUCAAAUUAAGAAGCACAGGGCCAGAUCUUGGAAGCUUUAUCUGAAAUUAAAAUGCAACCAAUGGAAAAACUUUGUCACUUCGGAUGAAGCUAUGUUUUACUUAGGCGGAAGUUAUGGGCGAAGAAAGGUAUGUUAUAUUAGAAAAGGGGAUAACCUUGGUGAGAAAUUGAAGUUUGUUAAACGCGAUGCUUUUGCUAGCGGUUUCAUGGCAUGGGCUGGUGUGUCUUCUAGAGGGAAAACGGAGAUUCGGAUCAUCGAUAAAGGUACAAAGGUGAACUCUGAGUACUAUAUCAACAAAGUGCUCAAGCCAUUUUUGGAGAAAGAAGUUCCAAGACUUUUUCCUGAGGGGGCAAAAGCAGUGACAUUCCACCAGGACAGUGCAUCUAGCCACACAUCUUAAAGAACGCUGUCAUUUCUGAAAAACCGUCAAAUUUACUUUAUUACAACCGAGGAGUGGAUGCCAAAAUCACCUGAUGCUGCACCGAUGGACUUUGGGAUCUGGGGUGUUCUAAAACGUCGGCUGCAGAAGCGGCAAAUAAACAUGCUUGUCGGUCUUAAAAGGGCACUUAAGAACGAGUGGCGCAAACAUGAUCAAGAAACUAUAAAUUCGACUUUAAAAUCGUGGCAAAAGCGUUGUAGAAUGAUCUACAACUGUCAUGGGUCUCAUAUUGAACAUUUACUACAAUAAAUGAGUAUUUCUAAAGAAUUGCUUGAAGUUUUGUUUUUGUUCAAAAAUAAGUUGGGCACCUCUCGUAGCAUUGCUUAGUGAACAUCUACUAAAGUUAUAUAAGUUAUGCCACGGAGGUCAAAAGUGGCAACAACCUAGGGUCAUUUAGUUUAUAUAGACAUGUACAGUAAGAAUGUUUUUAAAAUGUUCGUCAGAAAGAUAAAUGCCCAGAAUUUAGAUAGUUUGCACGUAGCAUCACCUUGUGGCCCUCUACAAAAUUUAUAUAAAGCAAGACGCUUGGCUCAAUCUGCUCCUUAGCCACUAAGUUUAUACAGUGAAUCAUAUUUAAGAAUGACUUCUUGUGUGAAAUUGUGAUGCCAAGAGCUUAGACAAAUAUGACUUCUUUACUUACUUUUACAUUAAAAGUAUAAAUUAUGGUCUUUUCCAGUUAUGAAUUAUAGGUGAGCGAUCCGGGGUUGUCAUAGCCGUAUGUUUAUUUUAAAUUGUUCAGUUCAUUCGAUGUUUACAAGUUGUAUUUAUAGAAUGUGUAUACAAAAUGUUAUACACAUUGAACAAAAGUUGUGAGGCGUGAAAAUGCAUCUAAGUGGUGAUGCAUCUAACAUCUUGAUGAAGUUUAUGUUUAGAGUAAAUUGUGGAUAUGUAGACUAUAUACAUUAAUAGUAUGCUGGCAGCGUUUAACUGACAUAAAUGUGUCUAUGAAACAAAUUCUAAAAUUUAUUAUUUUUCUGAAAGUGUGAGUUUUUGUUGCACGUAUUCAUUAUCUCUCAUGUACAGACUCAAUCAAACCGAGUCUGCAAUUCUCUUGUAAUUUUAUUGUGAUUAAUGCUUCCGAGGGAUCACUUUGUUACCAGAUUUUUCCUAUACAUGUAU